AUGGAUACUAAGAGUAGUAAUUGUAGCGAAAAAUGUGAAAAUAAUGAUAAAGUAGGUCACCGUAUGACCUCUUCAAGUACUAACAGUGAGAAUUGUCCAGGGUGUGGCUUAAGCGAUUUGGACAAAAUUACCAUAACUGUAGCCCCAACGACCGGGGGUAGAUUUGACAUUUCAGUUCAAAAAAAUAUAGCAGUUGAAAACCUUAAAAAAGUUAUAUCUAAAAAGCUAAAAGUACCUAAGGAACGGAUACUACUGUUGCACAAAGAAAGCACUUUAACAUUACUACCCUCAGUAGAAACAGGAUUACUCUCACAGAGACCUGAACAGGGUGUUAUGCAAGCUUUGGAAAGUUUAAAUGAUUCUCAGGUUAAUGAUUUUUUGUCUGGUAAAGCACCCUUGAAUCUCACAAUGAGAUUAGGUGAUCAUAUGAUGUUAAUUCAACUUCAGCUUUCUUCUGUAACUCCAAGUAUGACUCGUAAAUCCAGUUCAAAUAUUUCUGUUCAGCAAAGCGGCAAAUCAAACGAGUCUUACAAUACGAAACCAAAUGUUCCUAGCACUUCUGAUGAAUCCUUGCCAUGCAGUAGUAAUAGCAGCAGCAGCAGCAGCAGCAGUAGUAGUAGUAGUGGUAGUAGCAGCAGCAGCAGCAGCAGUAAUAAUUCCUCCGAUCCCGAUUUAUCAUUGCCUAAUUUAAAUUUACUUAAAUCUAAAUUAAAUUCAUUAUUGCAUAAAAAUAACGAAAAUUUACAUUCACUAAAAAGAAAAUUAAAUCCGGGAGAAGAUGAGACCUCGGUUAAAAAGAUUAAAUCGGAUGACGAAGGAAAAACUAGAUACUUUAAAGAUUUAAAUUUAAAAAACGUUUUAUUAAAUGUAUCAGAACCCACUAGACCCGAAUCGAAAAGUUCAAAGUGCAGCAGCGAAAUCGUAAAAGAUGAGCCUAAAGAAGACUCCUCCUCGUCUAAAAGUCAACAAAUUAAUCAAGAAUUGCAAGUUAAAAAAUCUGACGUAUUGUCUCAAAUAAUGGAAAGCGUUAGAAAAAUUAGCGAAAAUACGACGGAAAUUAGUCAGGCUAUUGAAGGAAAGGUUUGUGAUAAAGAUGUUAGUAUUUACGGGUCCAAGUGCAAUGUGAAUUGUACGUGCUCGAAUAAAACCGGAUAUAAUUUGGAUAAUAGUGUCAAAAAUAGUGAUUCAACAGCUUUGGAUACGAAAGCCUUGGCCGAAGCUUCUAGAAACCUUACCCAAACAUUAAAACAAUUAUCUUCUGAAGUAUUUACAUGCCGUUCGGAAAAUUCAGAUGAUUGCUCUUCGUCUUCUUCGUCAUCUCGUAGACGUCCAGGAACUCAGGGAGCUAUUAUAGAAUCAAUGCAACACCACGGAAAAGGUGUUUUCAGUGGUACAUUCUCUGGUACGUUAAAUCCAGCUCUUCAAGAUAGAUUCGGUCGUCCCAAACGUGAUAUUUCUACAAUUAUACACAUAUUAAAUGAUUUACUUUGUGCUACUCCUCAAUAUCGCAGACAAAGGCAGCAACCCCAGCCACAAAUAAAAGUUCAAACGCAUGAAAGCUCAUCAAUCGAAGAUAGUAACACCUCCGCCACAGAGUUAGUUUCGGUAGAAAAUGAAGCAACUCGUGGAAAAUUAGAAAGACUUCGAAUGGUUAUGGAACAAAAUAGAGCUCGUCGUCGUGCCAGACGAGAAGCCAAGACAUCAGAUAGCGCAAAUACAGAUAUAAAUAAUGAAGACGAAUUGGAAACUAAUAAUCAAGAUAGUCCUGAAUUAAUGGAAAUUAGCCCGCCAGAGCCUGUAAUGGCCUAA